CGCCAAAGUUGCAACGAUGGCAGUUGUUGGGCAGACCAGUGAAGCAAGUGAAGACCAUGAGACCGGCAGCGAGGAUUCUUCAUCAAUGCUUGCCAGUUUCAAUUGCUUGGAAGCACCGGCGCCAAGAAGUCGAGCACCGGCUCAGAUACAGAUGGUGCCAGCAGGAGCUUUCUACUCCACUUACCACGGUCAUGACACGCGUUAUCUUGAACGAUUGCUGGAUGGCCUUUUGCUCGUACACGGAGAGUCUACGCCUGUGAUAUUCUUGGCUGGAGACUCCUCGCUGGAUAACAAGACAUGGCUGUUCAAUCAGGGAGCUCCGGCAGACUACUGGCGGCCACCCUCUUCACAUGCUCCAGCCGUGAACGGCUACCAGACCCUGCUUGAUCCACCGAGGAUGGUUUGUGAUGUCACCUACUGGAUGAACCAAAUCCUGCAAGACAUGAAUGCAAACGCAAUUGCGCUGAACACAGCCAUUGAAGCUACGACACUCGCCAGCCGGGUCGGUGGUGUGCAAUGCUGCGUGGUCCCUUCUUGCUGUGGCCUCUACGAACAAGAGGAACUCAUACGCGAUCGGAUUCGCAGCUGCGACAUGCUAGUAAUUUCCGUUGGUGGCAACGACAUUGCUCUAGCCCCAUCCAUUUGCACCGUGCUGGCCAUGGUGCUUCUGAUGAUAACACCGUGGCCACUACUAUUCUGCUUUCAUCCAGCAGUAGCAUAUUUCAUUGGCUUAUUCCGCUUUCAGGUGCAGUGCUACGCAAAACGACUCACAGCGGUGACGCGACCCCGCAAAGUUGGCGUUUGUAUGAUUUACAAUUUGGACGAGAGGAAUGGCGAGUCCUGGGCCAACCUGGCGCUUUGCGCACUGUGCUACACUUGCUUUCCGAGCAUGCUGCAGCGAAGGAUGAGGCUUGUCUUCGAGCUUGGAACUUCCAGGAUCCAGGUGCCUGGAACCGAGAUUGUUCCGAUUUCUCUUGCGGAUGCGCUUGAUGGCAGAUGCACCGAGGACUACCACCAAAGAGUGGAGCCAAGUGUAAUUGGAGGGCAGAAGAUGGCACGGUUGAUUCUUCAUCGAUUAGGAUGGCCUUGCCAAACUCCACAAUACAGAUAUCAAAAAAUAUUAGAAUGUCAGAUAGAAUCCUCAAUGGAUCCUUAA